AAAGAGUCAAACGUAACAUCUUUAAAGAAACAUCUAAUAGAUUUCCUUGGACUAAAAGAGCAGGCGAAAAAGUUUGGCCUUGGUCCUUAUGCGCUCAAAUUGUAUCGUUUAGCAAAAGCUUCUGGAGGUGGAAAGGCCGUUGAAAACUUCGCUAUUUGUCUCCGAUAGUCAGUGGAAGUUGGAAGCAGUGUGCCUUAUUGUGGAAGAGAGCAACAGCGAGUUAAAUGGUAUGUAAAACCCGUCCUUGUCUCAUGAAUUAUUUACUCGAUUAUUACACUGGCCUGUAAGGCCAAGUGUCUUAAAUCCCCCUUUUUCUGUUUCUUUCGUAGUCGAGAAAUCGAGUUUGCGUUAGCUCAUCGCAGGCUCAGGGUGCAACGAUUAAGCCAAAAUGCCAUCGAUUCCCUCGGCCCCAUGAUUUAUAUAGCAUAGUAAUAAGCUCGUAUAUAUGUACGUAAUAGCCGACUCAUGCCAUGCUUGUGGUACAUUUUUCGUUUAUUAGCCUAUACACUUGUAUACGCACGCGCACAAUUCCGAACUGCAAUGGCGGUUUUCACAGAGUGAUCAAACUAUAUCAGUACACAGUUUCGUUGAAUUUUCAAAGAAUUGUGCCGGUUUCCUAUGUAUUUUACGUUGUGUCGUACUCUGGACUUUCUUGCGUGUUGAAUUAAUGUGUCUUUCUUUGUGUAAUGACUCGAAAACCACAAAAUAUAAUAUUUAGUACUCCACGAAAUAUAAUCCGCGCGAAAAGCUUUGUGGUAGCUAUACUAAAGAUAAAGCGUGCGUUCAAAAUACCAACAAGAACUAGAACUAUUAUUGUAUCAUUUGUAUGGUUCUCAUUUGCUAGACUUGCCACAUGUCAAGUCGACCUCGAAGAAACGCAUUUCGUUCGAGGUCGACUUGUGGCAAGUCUACUAAUUUACAAUAACAUUAGUUCGACGCGAGUUUUAAUACAAGUAUGGUAUCAUAUUUCAUAAUACAACUAACAAUGUAAACUAGCCAUACAUUUUGCCGAACAUAACUUCGGCCCCUUUGGACAUAUCAUGUUUUUCGUGAUAAUGUUAUUGGAACCAGAAUCGAAAACACUAUUUAUAGUGUUAUUUUCAAGCUUGUGUCUUGAGAUUUUCAUCUUUUAUUUCGGUAUUUACAGAAUAUUUAUAUUUUUAGCGCGGCCCAUGAAACGCAUAUGAAAACAACGCGCUGUUAGGAAAAACCGGAAAUCGAUUCUGCAGGUCGGCAUGAUUUGGACGUGCAUCGAUCUCCAUUACGUCUCCCGAAAAGGUCUUUUAUUUUUUUAAAAAGUCCAUAAAAUUUGCUUGCGGUUUAAGAUUUGUAUUCCUGCCUUUUGCACCAUAGCACGUAUCUCGUUAUUUUCAGGCCAGUGUGAACGCCUGAGCAGGCGUCUUGUUUAAACAUAAUUUCCCCGAGCAAUGGGGGUUGACGGGGUUGUGGACAUCGGAGAAUCCAGGGGGGUUGGGGGAGGUUAAGCGAUCUUGAAACUGUUGGAAGUCUUGGAAGACCCUUGGGGGUGAUUAAAUAUAGCUAUUUUUCCAUGGUUAUCUGGCAAUGAAAUAAGAGAAAUUAUUUGGAAUUUCAGGAGUCAAGUCCAGCUAUAAUAUUAUAGGCUUGUAGUUUAUACCAUUUGACUGUAUGAAAAUGGUAAUAAAAUUAUGCAAAUGUGACCUACAUGUUCUCCAUUAAGUUCAUUAAUGCAGAUAUGUCAUAUAUAAAGGUCUAUCUACAGGAUACAAUUUUUCAUAAUAUAUGAUUCUUAUCCUGGAUCAUUCUGGCAUAUGUGAUUGAGUAAACAUGCCUACAAAUGUUACAUUUGCAACAGCACUUUCUCAUUUUCAUAUACCAGAAUGACAAUUGUAUGGCCUUAAAACAUAUAAUAUAUAGACAUAUAACAUUGAUGACUGUGAUUUCAGUUCAUGUUAUUCAAGAGGGUGUAAAUUGGACAGGAAAGUUUGGAAUUGUCAUUCCUAGACUUGCACAGAGAGCCGAGAGUCCAUCAACAAUUAAGUGGACCUGCUUUAGGUGACUUGGGUACAAAAAGACCAAAAAGAAACGCUGACACUGUGAAAGCCGGACAAAAAAAGAAAAUCAUCAAAGAGUGCACGAGAGGAUAGGAGCUUAGUUAAAAAGUUAUUUUUGGAUGAGAACAAUAUCAAAAGGAAUUAGUCCGUGGGCUGUCCCUCGAAAUUGAUUCGUUUCGUUGCCGCCAUCGCGGUGCUAGAAUAACUUUACGUUUUUCUAUAGAUUAUAAAGUGCAGAGUUUAAUUUUUGUUGUUCCCACUCGCCUAAACCCGCAGUUUUUUCGUAAACAACCAUUGAAGUUACUUCGUUUCGGCCAGUUUGGAUUUGGCGGCACCUUUUAUCUUACGGCGUUUUAACAUGAAGUAUCUCGCGUCGUUGUAAACGUAUACACGUUUACAACCUUUAAAGACACCGAUCAAUCGUGUAAGUAACUUUAUAAUUUUGAAAAAAACAUAAGAUACUGUAUUUACAUUGUUUCAUUUAACUUUUGAGGCGUUAAAUUAUAUUAAUUUACACGUUAAAAGAUUUCAUCAUCACUUGACCAUUCAGGAAAGUCGUCAAGGUCAAGUUCAUUCUCACAGUUUGUGCAUUCAGUGCACUGGCACAUAUCAUUACACCUGUUUAAUGCUUUUUUUACAGGAGCACCGUUUGGUUGUGCAACCUGUUUUGCACUUGCAAUUACAAUUUGAAAUCAAAGCAUCUGGAGCACAUUUUCCAUCCAUCCACACAAUUGUUAUUUUGCCUUGUGAAUUGCAUUUGCAACCGUGAUUAGCUGGGCUUGGAGCAUCAAUACUGGAGCAUGUAGAUCGCUUCCAAACUGCUGCUUGGUAAUUGGCUCUUUGGACAUGUUUAAGAAGGCAAUCUUUGUUUGGUGGCAGAGAAGAAUCAGAAAAUUUGCCAAGUCGGAACAUAUUGUAACGUAAAACGUUGACACUGGUUUCACUUUUUGCCUUGUAUAAUUUGCAUACUGUUGCUUCUAUUUCCUUUUCAAACUGCUCAUCAAAGGAAAAUUCAGUUCCAAGGGAGGUCAAUGUAGCCACAGAUGUUGGAUCAUGCAAUAGGAUAUUCCAGGAAGAUACCUUACUUUUAAGGCUUUGCAUUUUUCUGCUCCUAAUUGCUGGGCAAUAUACUCCAUGUCAAGUAUUCGGGUACGAUCUUUCACUCCUGUUAGGAAAUAUAACUUGGCUGGAAUAGUGAGAGAAAAAUGUAGUAACAAGACAAACACAUCAGUAUCUGGACUGCGGACCAGCACAUUGUUGUAUCUCGUUGCAUGUGAUGCAUGCAGCAGCAUUCUUGUGUCAGCCUCCUCAUGGUCACAAGCAAGUUCGGGGACUCUUUCGACAAUGACAAAAGCAUCAUUGGUAGCUGCUGUUAAUAUAUGGUGGCACUGAUCAUUCUCACAGACAUAUAAUGUUAGUCCACGUAACUUUGCAGACCUAUACAUGCACCAACUCUGAAAAAGGAAUUGAAGUAGGGAUACUUUGUUUGGUCCAUGUUUCAGGAACUUUUUCCACUGUGUUGGGAUCUUUUGCUCUGGACCAUAUAUUUUGAUGAUAGUUGCUCCAUCACUUGCUCGUAGUGAGUGCUCAAUACCCUUUAUACUCACUUCCGGAUAUGUGUCAAUCACAAAGUCGACCCUCAAACAUUUGUGAUACACACCUAACUUUAUGAUACCGUCAAAUAUCUGUUCAGCUAGUUCACGAAAAUGUUGUUGGGGGGUUUGCAAUUGCUUGAACAGUUGCCAUUGCAUCCAGGAUUAAUGCACCACCUUCUGGAAUGCUUUCAACACUCUGACUGUUGGUGGACGUCUCGAUUAAUUCCAAAAGCUUGCUUUUCGGUGUCUUACGCAGUGAGCCCUGCUCUGUUGAAAUGGACAAAGGAAAAGGACCAAGAGAAAAUGACAGGACUUCUUUCAUAUCGAUAUUUAUACUUUGAGCAAGUAACAGCAUGCGAGCAAAAAGGUUUCGGUUGCUCUUCAGUGUUGCUUCAGUACCAUUCUUUGAAGUAACUUUCACUUUCUUCACUAAUGAUGUGAAUGUUUUCAAUUUAAGCAUUGGGAUAUUCGAAAAAAUAUCAGGUUCAGGUACAAGCAGUUUUUCCUGGAUAAACGUUUGCAAACGUUUUUCUCCUGCGUCUUUCGCCAUCAAGAGAUCAGAUCUGACGUCUUCUGUGGCUACCAGACCGCUCGUUAAAUGCACUAUUUCUUCUCGACCAGGCUCAUAUGGGUUCACCAUACUUUCUAGUGUUGUCUUAAUACUUUGAACAUCUUUUUCAUGACUAACCUUUUGAGUUUCAUCUAAAUCUUUUCGAUUUCUAUAAGCAAUUAAAGAGAUACAUACUAGAAAAAUUGUGCAGUUGUAAUAUUUUACACUUUAAUAUUCCCUGCCAUUUUUAACUUGUACAGUAUGCAUCAAGUGAUGAAGAACAGUACCUAUCAAGUGGGUCAGCGCCUGCCAUCUUCAUGCAUUCUCUAGAAAUAGCUGAUCUCUCUGACUGUGAUAAGAUCCAACGCUGUAUUGCUCCACGAUUUAAAGAAAUUCCAACCAUUCCUUCAAAAAGGGCAAACAAAACAGUUGAGUCUUUUCUAAUAAUUUGUUGUUUUUAUAUCAACUUACAGCUAUAGCAUAGCAUUACACAAAUUAAUAGACUUCGAAAAAAGUAAUGGUACUUGAAGUGAACAAAAAGGAAUGCUUGUAAUAUUUUACCUCCAGAUGUUUUUGAGUCCUUGUUCAGUGUUUGCUCAAUGGCCAUGUCACAAGCAACAGAUGAAAAAGCAUGAUUGUUUUGUCUUUGGACAGUCCAUUGUUGACUAAGUUCUUCAACUACACCUAAAAACAGCAACAAACUGUUAACAAACCAGGGUUCAUGACUAAAAGCUAAAUUAAUGUACAGCUAUGAAAGAAGUGCUAGCAAUGCUACCUGGAUCAGUUUCUUUAAGUUUUGUCAUUUCUAACCAAUAGGCAGUACCAUAUCUGGAAUAGUUUACUCGAUCACAGGCGAAGAACCAAGGUAACAUAGAACGCAUUGUUGACAAGUGUAAGUCCCAAUUACCUUCUCUUGUAGCUCUAAAAAGCACCAAUUACAGAUGUUUAAAUAUUAUACAAUUAAUUAAAAAGGUACUGCUUUUCCACAACGCUGUUGGGAAGGAACAUCACACAAUGUUUUUCAAAAGUUUAUUGCAUGUGUAUGGGUAAGCAACCCCCCCCCCAGAAAAAAAAACACCUGGUAGUACUGGUGCCCUAUUAUUUUAAACCUGAAUCCAACAAUUGAGGACAGUAAUCUCUAUUGGCAACUUAGCCCUCUUUCCUAAUUUGUAGCUUGAGAAAUACAUUAUCUAGUUUAUAUUACCUUACAAAGCACAGAAGAAUCUCAACCAUUUCCAAAUAGGAACUCCAAAAUGCAAACGUUGCAUUUUUUUCACAUUCCACCAUAAUAAAGGUUUGAUAAGUUGUCAUUAAUUCAAUGAAAUUUUCAUCUGUUAUUUCUCUUUCGAGAAUACCACUUGAAAAGUCGGUCAGAAGGUCCUGUGCUACCACUUUAAUAUCUUCACACUCCUGUUCACCAAGGCAAUUUAGAAAUGCCUCAAAACGAAGCCGGUGAAGAGCUUCACUUGCAACUUUGUGACAGUAAACACUUCGGUUGUAGUGCUUUCCUUUCAUUGCUACUAGCCUCCUACCACUGAACCUUGCCCAAUAACAUCAGACUCCACCAACACAUCCUAGUUAUAAAAAUAAACAGCAAUAAAUUAACAAAAAAGUGAGAUGUACUAAGAUAACUUGUUCCCUAAAUGAUAGGGGCAUACAUUUAAAUUCUAAUUCUAACAUUUCUGACAAUAUGGUAGUACAUUAGAAAACAAAUACAUGUACUUGUUCACAAUGCAAAACUACAAAAAGAAAUCUGUUUAUAAACACUGUAUGCAAAAUAUGAAAAUAUUAACCUGCAAUCCUGCAUCUCCAAAUAGCUUUCCAAUAGCACUCAAAAAUGACAUUGUUGCAUGAAAAUCACCAAGUCGAACAAUGAAUCGUGACAAGAAUCUCUCAUCUUUCCAUCUUAUCUGCUGGAUUUUCGAAUAUAUAGCCUCAUCAAAAACCAACACAAUUUUUUCAAGCAAUAAUUCAUCUGCAAUCUUCAUGCUUUGUUCAAGAGCCGUGUAUAGAGUAGAGUAAUCACUGGGGGAACCAUCAACUAUUGGUAGGUAGCGAAUUUUGGACACUGGUGGUAUUUCCAAUCCCUGUACAAGCAUGUUGAAACCUGUCCAACCUGGCAAGACAUCUACUUGUGACUGAUAAACUUUCAUUAGAAUAUAUGCAAAAUCCAAAAGUCUUGCAUAGGCCUGUUCGUCUAUGUAAUAUUCUUCGUCGAGUCUUUCAUUCUGAAUGGCAAAGCUUGGAGUUUUCUUUUUACCAAGAGGAUAAGGCAAAAUAAUGCUAGGUGGAGCCUGUAACGAUCUUCGACCCUUCUUUUUCAUUGGGGGUUGCACGACACUUUCAGGAACCUCGGAUUCUCUCUGAAUGGCAAUUCCACCAAGCACAUGAGUUUGAUUUCUUGAAUCUUCUGAAAAAUCAUCGUUGUCAAAGACAAGACAAGUAAACUUGUUUUUUGCAAUAUCCUUAGGAAUAUUCAACUCAGUUGUCAUGGAAAGCCUUGCUAAGUCAGCCUCGUGAGUCAGAACAGCAUAAGCACUCGCACAAUGUCCAAAUCCAUUAAGAACAUCAGUGAGCUGGGAGGAUCUUGUUAAUUGUCUAACAGUCAUUCCCAAAGCUAAAGACUUUGGAGUUUGGAUUCUACCAUUAGAAUAAACAAACAACAUGUCUUGGCAUAAUGUUAAGACUUUCUUCAUUUGUGCAUCUUCCAGUUUAAUGUAAGUCUGCAUUUCAGGUACAUCAGAGAAACCAAGAAUCCAACUAAUAAAAUUAAAUAGCUUUACAGGAAUCAUCUUGAGGGCUGUUUCGUCUGUUAGGUCUACACUUGUGAGAGGCCAUGGCAAUUUCAUUUUUCGUAUGUCGCUCAUACUCGUCCUCAGAGCAAUAGCAACAUCGUAUAAUUCCUUUAAUGUUACUUCUUUUUGUAGUUCCGCUUUUGAACUAAGAUGCAUUUCUUCAUCAGUCUCAGACUGACUACUUUGACUAGUUGCAAUUUCUCCAGAUUUCUCAAAUGCUUCCCCAACAGACAAUUCUUGCACAAACACAAGUUCACUUUGGUUUUUUCUAUACGGUUGAUGAAAAAUAAGCUGGGGAUAGUCUCUUCGUAGCCUUGCUUUAAGAAGAUAUUUCCGAUAGUUUGUAGCAUCAACACCCUCAGUAUCUUGCACUAUUUUAACAAAUUUCUCAUGCAAAUUUGUCAUGCGACUGACCUUCUUCUGCUGGAUUAUUUUCGCCACAAUAACUCUGGCACAAAAAACAUCGUAGCUUUGCUUGUAAAGCUCGUCACUCUCCUGUUUCUGGGAUACUGUUCGGGUUAAAUAACGGCAGUAGUUUAAAUGACACAUCUUGUGAUAUUUGACCUCGAUGGCGACACAAUCUUUACCCCUAAUAUAUGUCAAGAUUGAUUCAUCAUUCUUCUUCUCAGCAGCUUCACGUAGCAAGCCACCGUCGACUGUUUCUGCUGUGACUAACUUAUCAAGCUUCCUUUUUCUGGUUUUCUGUGUAUAAAGAGUUUUAUAAUUAAAAUACUCCAAUGAUGUAUUAAACUUUACCCGUUUUAUACUUUUAUAAACAUGCACAUAAUAUGGAAUACCUGUACCUUAUCCAUUACAUAGGCGUCCUUUCUUUUACAUAUGAUGCACUGUACGGGAAGGACAUGAAUGCUUCGCCUUUCCGUGUUUGUACUAGUCGAAGGUUGUGUCGAAGCGGAAGCGCAUACAAAUGACGCUAUUCUGGAAGAACAACGUUUUUCCGAGCAAAUUUUUGACAUGCUUUGCUCUUUUACAUCUCUCACUGGGGCCUUCUCUUUUUUCUUCAUACUUCUAGCCACUUUAUUUUUGUCACAAAACCUAACGUAGCACUCUUUGUGAUAGCGAAAGUCAGCAGCUUCUGUAGGCAGAACAUCUGGCUCGUUGUCAGGCCAUGAUCGCACGACAUCGAUAAUUUUCUCGGCAAUUUCUUUUGGUUCUCCAUCCAAAUUAAUCCAUUUUUCACAAUAUUCUUUUAUUUUCACAAGUGUAUGACAUGUUAAUUUACACAAAUCUCCUGUUUUGCCACGAAAAUGAAUUAAACACGAGGAUAAAGCAGUAAAACUACCCACGCUUUCAUCCUCCAUAUUUAUGAUUUUAAUGAUUUAUGAGCCCGCAAGCCUGAAACGUCAUGUAAAAUUCGAUCUAGAUCAAAGGCGAAAUUCAAAGACGAAUUGCAAAAAAACUGCGGGUUUUCGUGGUUGGGAACAACUAAAUUUGAAUUCAGCUCAUCGAAUUCUAUUGUAUGGUGUAAAGUUACCUUAGCACCGUGAUGGCGGCAACGAAAUUCGAUUUUCCGCCUCUUUUUUGGAUGACAGCCCACGGACUAAAUGAAAGACAAGAGAAAGGACUUCAGCAAUUUAAUGAAGGUAAUGGUGUGUUGAAGAUUUGUAUGUCUUGCUGUCUUAUAUUGAUCAGUGUAAUGGCUUGUCAUAGGUCUUCUAUAUAGUGACAUUCGGCAGUGUACAAUGUUGUAUACUGUAAAGUCUAUUAAUUUUAUAUUUAUUUCCUAUCUAGAGCUAUUUAAAUUGAGUGGUAGUGUUGCUUUGAGUGAAAUUGAGACAAAGUGUGGAAUUUGCCUCAAGAAUUAUUCAAGUAGAAAUACAGAGAGGAGCAUUCAAGGAAAAAUAAAGUAUUUUAAACCUAGUAAGUUAUAAAGUACUUGACCAUAGUUAGACUCCUGUAUCGCUUUGAUUAAUAAUGUAUCAUUCAUUGGAUACAUGCUAAUUAAAUGUCAGGCAGUACAGUGUAAUUUUGCAUCAUGCAGUGAAUGGUCAGUUAAGACCCAGUUAAUUAAGACAAUUAAGGCCAAUUAAUUAGUAAGUUCCAUACAUGCAGUCCCUGGCAACAGUUUUUAGUUAGAUGAAAUUUUAAGUAAUUUCUUUAUGGCUUUGCCACCUUAACCAGCAUUGUUAACACUUUUUGCUUCGUAUCAUUGUUACUGCAUGAUGUUCCUAACUAUUCUGCUUACUACAUAGUCUACAUCAUGUAAGACAUGUAAGAACUGUCUGAAGAAUUUCCGGUGGAGUCCCCUAACUUAAGGUGGUAUAGCCAUACAAAAAUGCCUGUAAGGCCCCUUUACAACCUUUAAUAUUUUAACACAUUGUCACGUUUAAUUACGGUUUUAUAACUUGCACGUAAAAAUGAAAAAAGUAUUUACAUCAUGAAAUGAUGUUUGUCAAUGUUAUUUCAAUUUUCAGGUCACUUCACUAAAUGUUUGAGUAACAAGACAAAGCAUGAUUUAGAAUUAAAAACUCAACGCAGCUUGGAUGCAUUUACCUUCCACGAAUCCAGAGAAGAUACAGAAAUGGAGGAUACAUUUGACGGUGCAGACGCACUAAUAUCAGAAAAGUAAAUAUCAUAAUUUGCUUAAAAUCCACCAAUAAGGUCCAAUAAAGACAAUUUAAACGUAUACAGUAUAUACACAGUGACACUGUCAUACAGUUCAACUAGUAUCAAUGUGUUAACUUACUGGAUUGAACAUGGUCUAGUGAAUGUUUGUUUGUACAAAAAUCAUUGCAAAUAAGGGUCAAAUAAGUCUUGCAAAUAAUUACAUCUUGCAUGUGUUCAACAGCAUGUGUCACGUUUUCAUCUUGUUUUUUUUAACUCAAGUUUCUGGACUUGCAUGUCUUGCAUGCAAACGUCUGUAUUCGUAGGCUACUUGCGAACAAGAUGUUCUUAUUUGCCAGUCAGAAUUUGUUUUUGUUUCAUAUUUUAUUUGGUAGACUUGGUAGACUUGGUAGUUUGUGGUUUUAGGAGUUUUAGUGUUUGCUUAACUAAUUCGUUUAGUUGUUCAAUAGAUCAGAUCAGCUUUUUUUAUAUCGUAUGAAAAACAGAGAGGUCACUUUGUUGAAUUUUCAUUGCUGGUGCAUGAAUUUUAUUCUACUGUACUGAAUUUUAUUCUACUGUACUUUUAUUCUACUGUCAAUUUUGUCACACAAAUAGGCGGUGAAGAUCUAUCAAUAAAUGUUUCAAGUAUUCCCAGUUUUAUUGGGAAAUGCAAAGCUAGUGGCUGUUAGUCUUGUAAUUGUAUCUACACCUGUACUUUACCAGUUUAUAUAUUCCGGUUCGGUAGUGAGACUAGUGACUGUGAAGAUGAGGACUUGUCAAUGUAUGAUGUUUUGGAUUGUUGUCACAACGUCGCAAGUGAAGUGGAUUUAGAGGUCGAAGAACAGAUUGAGAACAAGUCGAACAAUGAUUCGGAUGUAGAACGAUCAGAUAUCUCAGAUAAAACUGAUGAUGAUACUGAAAGUCCUGAAAGCGAAAAUGAUGCUAAAGAUAAUGAAUGCUUAAUUUCGUGCAAUAUGUGAGUAUAGAAGUUCAAGAAUUUGUUCAAUACUUUAAAACACCAACCAUGUAACAAGGACCCGCAGGUACGUUGGUUCAGGGAACAAAGAGUCUGAAAGAGAAACAACAAACACAUUACACAAACCAUCCAAUCAGUAACAUACUUAUAAUAAAUGUGGUUAAGUUUAUUCAUUUCCAUGACCUUCCAUUUUAACUCCAUCGAAGAUGCUCACCCCAUUGCUGUCAAGCUGAACAAACUUCUUCAAGAAGGAAAGAUACCAGAAAACUGCAUUUACUACAAGUUUAUAAAUGAUACCACGACAUUCGCGAUGAUUGAUCCUACAUCAGCUUCUAACUUUAAAUGGGACGACGAAGUUGUUGAAUUUUUCUAUACUAUCAAAUACCUUGGAGGAGAACGGACAAGGAAGUUUAUCAGGGGACCUGGGUUUUUGAGCACUGGAAAAGGAGCGUUAAAGAAGUUUGAAUCGUUUUCUGAUUUCAACUUGUGUGGUCCUUCUGCAAAUGCAUUAAAAAGGUGUCACGCCGGGUAUACUACGGAAAGUAGAGUAAUAAAGCCACACUUGCAAUCAUUGCAUGCCUUCUCCCAACACCCCAAAGCAAAGGUAAACAAGAUCAUUGAGACAGAUACAGUCCAAGUGAUUUCCGUGGUUUUAGCAAGUGAUGGUACGGCGCUGAAACCUGGUUUAGAAUACGAUCAAUGGCAAAAAGCUGUUGUUGGUCUGACACACAAAGUUGAUGCAUCCUAUGUCAAACAGCAUCCUGUUCCAGAUCCUGAAGAAAUUAAGAAUAAACUUAUUACAUGUGCAGACGUUACAUGUGCAAUUUCUCUCGACAACAAUGCUACAAUGCCACUAGCUGUUCAUUAUCGCCCCAAGUGUGUUUCUGGAGAAGAUAUCUUUUCAAGUAUGGAAAAUGAAAUUAAGACCAUUCAGACUUGCGAAAGGUGCUUAGAACUUCAGCAAAGCAACCAACACAUCGUAACAAGUGAAAUGUCAACCCGCAGUAGUAAAUGUGAAGAAUGCUUGUCUUCAAAAUCUGUGUGCUUUGAGUGCAGCGACAAGGGCCAGGUCUCACAUCAUACCUCACUUAGAUCUUGUGAUGCUUGUUUAGCAAAUGGGAAAACUUGCAAUAAACUAGCUGUCGUGGCAGUUUCCACUGAUUGUGAGUCGUGCAGUAAGAAAGCACUUAUUCAGAUUAACGAAUUGGCCAAAAAUGAAAGUUUACAUCCCGAAUUAGAUCUCGUUGUCCCUCUACCUGACGUUGUCCAUCUAGGUAAAAGCAUUAGAUGUAGCUGGUCCAAUUGGUUUAUUGACCUGGACGGUGAAUGUAGUAAUCUGGUUCUGGUUCGCACGUUGCGAGACGACGCUGAUCCGAGUAUUAGAAAGGAGCUGAGGAAACUUCUCACUCUCGAAUGCGUAAGGAAUAAGGACAGGAUGGCAGUGGAACCCAUCGUUAGAAUCGCACGGCCGAAUGUUUUGAAAGUACUGGAGCAGGUGAAAACAGUAGUUCACACGGUUGUUCCUGAAAAGUACAGAUAUUGGAAAACCAACUUAGCUGGAGGAUGUCCACGACCAAUAGCAGUAUGUCCAGGCCCGCAACGUUCGUUCUUGAUUAUCGACUAUGACUUUAAAUCUUGCACCGCUAAACUCCUCACAGCACGGCUACACCAACCGGUUGAUGUUUCUGUGAAAAAGGAGAAUUUGAAAGAUGCUAGGGACCUUUGCUACAGAAAAUGGAUUGUGUUCAUUGCUGAAAGAGGCGCGUCGGCUCUCAUUUGUCGAUUUGUCAGGAUGCGUUGAAAUAAAACCAACUUUAUUGAAACGACGUGUUGACUUGGUGAGCCAUUUGGAGCGGUUCAAUCUCGACACUAAUGGGACAAUCCCAGUUCUACGAAAGAGGUUGCAAGAUUACAUAGAAGGUAUAUCUAAAGACACGGAUUAUUUAGAUCAUGUACAAGGUUGUGAAGUGUUAUCAAAGCCAUCAGCAAUAUGCGCUGUCAGUGACGUUUUCCUAUUGUGUGGCGACGAUUCCAAGAGAGUUAUUUUUCAAAUUACUUUAGAAUUUGAUGGAGUGACAAUCCGUGGCUAUCCUGUCAAAUUGGUUUCUUAUCCGAACGGUGUUAAUAACACACAGUCAGUUUUGUCUUUAGACAAUUGUGCGUAUUUCUCGGCAGCGUCAUGCGAUGGAGGCUUGUAUCGAUGCAAGUUUAGUACACAGGUAGUGGAAAAGGUUUUUGACAACUCUUCAGAUGUCAAUUUCCCCACAGAAGUAAACAGAAUAUGUGCUUUUAAUGGUAAGACUGGUAAAGAUUUUUAAAGAAUUGUUAGUAAUUAAUUGUUAAUAUAGCACAGCUAUAUAACAGUCAUAACAUACUGGAUUAUACUGCUAUUUUCUGUUAUGACUGUUAUUUACAGCACGAUUUUAAUUAAUGGCUUUUUAGGUACUGUUGUGUUUACCGACACGAAAGCUGGACAAGUUAAACAGUACCACCAAGUUGAUAGCUCGGCAUCUGUCUUCUUGGGAAGUGGUGAGACAAAGUCUCGGGAUGGUACGCAGUCAAGCUGUUCAUUUGAGCAAGUUCAAGGAAUAUGUAAUAUGGAGAACACACUGUUUGUAACCGAUGUUUCUGCUGGAAAAGUCAAAUUAGUAACUGGCCUUUCCAGUACUAUAACAUUUCUUCAAAUGCUUGGUAGCUUUUACGAUGCUUUUGAAAUUCACCCGAAAUGUGUACCUGGUGGGAACGUGAAUGAAGUUUCACUUCAGAGUGCAAGAGAAAAAGUGAAAGAAGUAGAAAGGUAUAUGCGAGAUACUGUUACCAAAGUAAAGCAGCGCUACAACCUGAAAGAAUCGUCAACAACCAAUGGCCCAGAAGGCACAAUUUCCCACCAGACUCAAACAUCUUCGGCGUUGCUCAACGAGGGAAUCUGCAGAUUGAGCAAGAACAUCGAGGGAAUUAAUUCCCACUUUGUCGACAACAUCUCGCUUCAAUCCCUUCUGACGACUCAAGUGGAAAACCUACACGCUGUCUCACAUUUUAAACAUGAAACAUUUAGUGUUCUUCAAUAUGCCCAGGACUUCGGCACAAUUGUAAAGGAGUCACUCAAAAGAACAACAACAUGGGCGGCUAAAUACUACACACACGACAAGUCGUAUUAUCCAGUGCCGGAAUCAGUUAUGCCUCUUUGGGCCACAAAGGUUAUGACACCCCUUCCGCCAAACAAAAUUCCUCGUAAAACGGAAGAAAUCAUCAAACAUUGGCUAGAGAGUUAUCGUCCAGUUCGGCAGUUCGACAAAGAACAGUUCGCAGGGGGACUACAAAGGACAAGGCAGGUGCGUUGCCACCAGCUGUGUACAGAAAGUUGAACUGAAGUGCAUGACCCACAGUCGUCAAACAUUCAAUUUCGGACUGACCAACCGUCAACAAAUAUAACUUUUGUUGAUGAGGCCACUGUGGACGUGAUUGAGGCUGAGCUAACAGAGCAAGUUGACGAGUAUGAGGCAGACUCCGAAGAUGACACAGCGACUGAGCCUGACGAGUUUAGCAAGCUUCCAGCGAAUCCAGUUUCUGUCACGCGUUCCGGGCGAGCUGUAAAGGCGACUCUGCGCCUAGAUCUGUGAAACAAGUAAGAAGUAUUUCAUUAUUUUCUUUGUAUGAUUUGUAUUAAGAUAGCGCUUAAUCAAGCGGUUAGUGUUUACUCGCCUUUACUGUCCUUUACUAAUUCACUAGAGCAGUAGUGGACAGGUGUUAGAGGACUUGGAGUACCAUGACUACCACCUGCAUGGAAAAUUUUCAAAGCUAACUCGUGAUGUGUUCUUACAACUUCUUUCUCUGCUCAGAAAAUUCUUGCUUUGUUGUCUAAUUGUCAAAUGUAUGUAUUUUUACUUGCAGCGAAGGCCGAAAAGCAUAUUUUAGUCGUAUUGCACAUGCAUUGUGUCGAAUAAUGCGGCUAACUAAUUAUCCAAUAUCGUUUAACGGCCAGGCUUGAAUUCUAGCUGACAACUGACAAAAGACGAAAAUUUUAGCUGACAACUGACACCCAGACCCCCCCAUUCAGACCCUCGUAUAAGUUCUUUGAUCAUUUAAAACUUUCUUUAUAGGAUACAUUGUUUUAGAUAAUUUUGAUUACAUACCCCAUAAUAUACCCUAGUUUGGCUAGAAUUGCAUUGCUUUCACUUUGACUUACAGUACCGGAUACAUCUGCAUUAUAGCUAUUGUGACACCAUGUUAUGAAUGUUGGAUAGGACUAGUUUCACAUCUAAUUAUAUGAUUAAAUUUUUACCAAAUAGCGGAUACAUUGCAUGAAAAUUAAUUAGCAUGCAUAAAUUUAUAUAGAAUCUUCAAAAUGUAAACGAACCCUUUGUUUACAUACAGUACAAACUUGACCAACCCCUUCAAAUAUAAUUAACAAAGAAAAUCUUUUUUAAUACGUGUAUAUACCUUACAUUACAGAUGGUUCAAUCACGAUAUCUCUUUGCAUGACAUCUUUAUAACGGAGGACAAUAUUGAACACAUGAGACAUCUUUAAUACAUGUAAUAGACUUUUAUUAGCGGUGAUUAUUAAAUUUGAGCAAGCGAUGCGACAAUGCGUAUUGCAAUACUUCAUUUUUAACAUCAGCAUUGAUCGUACCAAGGCUGCUCUCGCUGCACCAUGGGAAGGUCACGCACAAUCUAGCGAGGGCCUGCGGAAAUUUGUAAAAUAUAGCGCCAGCGUUACGUCUGCAAAAUUAAAUUAUAUGCACAAGUUUCCCACUAUUAUAUGCACAAUUAUAUGCACAAGUUUCCCCCUAGUACUUAUUCUAAUUACGCCCCCCCGCCAAUCUACCCUUCCUAAGGACAUUAUAAUAGGCAUACAUGAAGUAUUGUAAUAAAAUGUAAAUUCACAACUGACGCAACUUCACGUGUCUUGUAGUUUUAUAUAAUAAUAUGAACUUUUCAAGAUGUAAAUCUUUGGACUUUGUUUUUUUGCUUACAAUCGCAUUGUAAUCGUACUUUGUGUAACGUACGGUACAUAGGUAAAAAUUGAUCUGGUGACGCAACAUUGUUCGAUAAACAACGUCGAAUUGUAGAAACAAUGCUGUUUAUAUCUGGCUCAACGAGCCUCGAUCAUGAAGGAAUGAUUUAUAUUGAAGGCUGUUUAUAUAAAAUAUGUGUUAUCAAAGAUUCAGGAUUGAAUUAACUAAUAAACAAGGUAAAUAUGUAAGGUGUUGUUUAUAUAGACAUAUAAUAUCUUAAUUAAUUAAUUAUAUAAAUGUCUGUCUCCAAGGUAUUGGUGCUAGAAAGUGUCUGAUUGAUAAUGACUGCUUAGCUGUAAAAUCCCAGAAUAAUUUCAAUUAUUAUCCGCACCCCCCUGUUGAGGAACCUUCGAAUUUCUAGGGUAGGGUGUGCAUUAACCUUGGAAUUUCCAGGGUAGAGGUCAUUAACUUUAUAUUUCCAGGGGAGGGGGUACAUUAACCCUGGAAUUUCCAGGGAAGGGGGCAUCAGGAUCUGGAAUUCCAAGGGGAAGAGUAAUUCUCACAUGGAAUUUCCAGACGGAGGGGUAAAUUUCAUGGGAUGGAAAUUCCAUUGGAGGACAUAUGUUAGAGGGAAAUUUCCGGGAGUAAAUAUCCCAUGAUGGAAAUUCGAUAGGGAAAGGUAAUUUAUACAUGGAAAUUCCAUGGACAGGGCCAAAUUUUAAAUGGAACCAUGGGGUAGGCCUAAUUUAAAAUGGAAAUUCCAUGGGCAAGGGUAAUUUUUCCAAGGAAAUUCCAUGGGAAGGGGUAAAUUUUACAUGAAAAUUUGCGGAAAUUCCAGGGAGUACCGACAUGAGAAAGGGGUUCCUCAACAGGGGGUGCGGAUAAUAAUUGGAAUAGCCCAUUGUGCUCUAAAUGACAACAUUUUUUGUAUAUACAUUAUUUUGCUUCAAAUGUAUUACAGACCUCUCAACUUUGCAGAGAAGUUAAGAGUGAGAUUGGGGAUGUGGAUGACACCUUUGUAAAAGUCCGGGGGUCUGAAAUGGCAUUUCGUACAUUAUGAGAGUUGGUGUUUUUUAAUGAAAUACAUUGCCUCAUAAGUCAUAACGUCCUUUAAGACAAGGCACUUUAGUUACAGUACAAUAACUGUAUUUCUGCGACAUACAGUAUUAAUGAGCUUUAAUUUGCCUUUGAUAAUUUACAUAUAGAAUUCUGCUCCGACUGAUUCUGCCUUUUGUCCGCCGUAUUUACAUAUGCGUACUAUUUUGUAUCCAAAUUGCGAGCAAAAUGUCGGGCCGUAUAUGCAGGAACAUGAAUAACACGCGAUUAUAUAUUCGAUUUGCGAUCCGAAUAAUAAUUCAUAAUCUGCAUUUAAGAACACAAUAUUAUAUUAUUUAAAAAAUACUAUGAAAGUGCUAUAUGCGUGAGAGUUACUAAACGUGGCGUGAGAGCGUGAGAGUGAAGCGAAUUGCGUGAGAUUCACGCCGAAUGCGUAAGAGUUGAGAGGUCUGGUAUUAUUUAACUAUUAUAGUAUAAUCCCAAUACCUUAAGAUCGCAUAAUAUCGCCCAAUAUCGCCUAAGAUCGCCUAAAAUCGCUCAAGAUCGCCUAAGAUCGCCUUGAAUCUUGUCAUUUUUUCCCUAAUAUGCCUAAUAUCGCAAUUAAUCGCGGCAAUCUUGGAUCCUAGAGUAGGCCUGUGUUUCGUAAAUAUUAGACAAGUGCAUUGACACUAACUCCAGGUAAAAGGAGGGAUAUAGUGUCCUGUGACGUAAGUAGUAACGGCAGGAACACCGAGGACAUUAAUGAUCCUUGGGGGAUAUUAUGGGUACUGGGUAGUUCUAGUUUGCACGUUGUUCAGAAAAGCAGAGCGAGAAUAUAUGAACGAGACUGUGCGUAUUUUAUACACUAUACUGACAUAAAAUACGAAAUUGCAUGAAAAAACUUCCUAACCUUUAGACAAUAGACUAUAGAGGGCAAGCGGUCGCUCUUUUUCGCGCGUUUAUUUUCCCUG